AUGGACUACUCCAAGUACACUCAAGGGCACGGCUCGCAGGGCUCGGACUACAAGCAGUAUAUGCAGUCCUACGCCGAUGAUUACAGCAAGUACACGCAGGGGCACGGUUCCGAGAAGAGCGGCUUCCAGAAGUACAUGGAUUACUCCAAGUACACCAAAGGUCAAGGUCAGGGCGCCUCGGAUGCGGCUUUGAUGUUGGCAGCAACGGGCCCGAAUGCCUCGUCUGAGCAUGCCCGGCCGAAUGAGCGAGAAAAGCAGCAGGAGCAGCGCGAAAGGCAGCGCGAGGCUCACGAGCGGCAGCAGGAGGACGAGCGUGAUGAGCGCGAGAAGCAGCGCGAGAGCCACCUGCGGCAGCAG